ACGGCCAUAUCUAUAAAACCCUGAAACCCCUCUUACGCUUUACAAAUAUAGCUUUACGAAAAUUUUACAUCCCCCUCUGCAAAUACAAGAAAUUAGAAACACCCUAAUACCGCCAACUUUAUUUUUUUGGUUUCUCCGGAAUCCAAGAGGGAAAAAAGAAAAAGGGUGUGUGUAUUUUGGGUUUUAAAUUCAAUUGGUUAUGGAGGCGGUGGGCAUGGAGUCGCACGUGCCAAGCAACCCAAAGGGUGAGUCAUGGACGGAGGAGAAGCAUGUGCACUUCCUUAACUCCAUGGAAGCUUGGUUCGUCCGUACAAUGCUUGAGAACAACGAUCGCUACACUCUCCGUCUCGAUCGUCACCUCCCCGACACCUGCGAGUCGACUCUCGAUUCCAAACACAAUGUUCAUAAAAGAAACAACUACGCCACUUCAGAUUUUAUUGGCCCAAAACGAAGCAAGUUGAAGGGCAGGCCUGAUAAAAGAUCAAGGAGACCAUCUCAAUCGUAUCAUUCUUUCCAAGAUCAGGUAGUUCCACAGCUCCAAAACAGAAGACAAGAUAAAGAUGAGAAACACCCUCCCAAUUUUCCACCUCCAUCGAUGCCAUAACCACAGUUAUUUAUGUACGAUUAAAAAUGAUCAAAGCAGAAUAUCAUCAAAGUGAUCUGUGACUGUAUUAUUUAUGUACGAUUAAAAUGGGUGAAUUUGUGCCCUUGCUAAGUGGCUAUUUUUAUUGUUUUUCUCCCUUAUUCAGCUGUACAACAUUUACUUUCUGUUUCCGGGAUUAUGAAAAUGCUCUGUGCUUCUUGCACCCAUCAAUUCAUUCAUUUCGGUUUA